AUGAACUCCAUAACCGAGCGAGAGUUCCUCCACUCUCCCGGUGAGGAAAAAAAUUAUGCGAAAUCGGUUACGAAAAGGGCGCGCUUUGGAAUUCGCUACUGCGAGCGAAGGUCCCGCACAGAAUAUUCACCGUUGACUGAGUAUUCGAUUUCUGCCAACGGCAACGACUUUUAUUUUGAAAGUUUGCAAGUUGAUGUGUUGUUGAACUGUAUUUAUCUUUUUUGGAUUGUUGUAAGCUUUUAG